CCACUGGCAUCCACUCAAUGCCCUCCAUCCCUCUCUGCCAAUCCCUCCACUGGCCUCCACUCAGUGUCCUCCAUCCUUUUCUGCCAAUUCCUCCACUGGCCUCCAUUCAGUGUCCUCCAUCCCUCUCUGCCAAUAUCUCCACUGGCCUCUACUCAGUGUCCUCCACCCCUCUCUGCCAAUCCCUCCACUGGCCUCCACUCAGUGUCCUCCACCCCUUGUCCUCCAUCCCUCUCUGCCAAUCCCUCCACUGGCCUCCACUCAGUGUCCUCCACCCCUCUCGGCCAACCCUUCUACUGGCCUCCAUUCAGUGUCCUCCACCCCUCUCCGUCAAU